AUGGCUCACAAUCAUUCUGGUUCAAAGCGUCGACAUUUAGAAUCAAGCUCAUCUGAUGAGGCUGUUGCAAAUUUUGAUUCCUGGGCUCGAUUCCUCAUGAUCGAAGCUAAAGAUCAUCAACCUAUCAAACUUAAUCCCUUUGCCAUUUCUAAGGCAAUCCAUGGCUAUUGCGGUGAUGUUAAAAAUGUGACCCGACUUCCUUCUGGCUCCCUUCUUGUUGAAUGUGUCAGAAAACAACAAUCCCUCAAUCUAUUAUCAGUUAGUACAUUUGCCAAUGUUGAGGUUGUUGUUACUGAACACCGUACACUCAACUCUUGCAGAGGCAUUGUUCGUGACAGGACUCGUUCCUUGUCCGACAUGUCAGAACAAGAAAUAGCAGAUGAAUUGGAAAAUCAAGGUGUGUCUUCUGUGAAACGUUUCACAAGAAAGAAGGACGAUUCAACUAUUGAAAAGACUAACACCUACCUAUUCACAUUUUGUAGAUCUUCAUUACCUCAGUCAAUCAAAGCUGGUUAUGUCAACAUCGGAGUGGAGGUGUAUGUCCCCAAUCCACUCCGGUGCUUUAGGUGUCAACAUUUUGGCCAUGGCUCUAAAUCAUGUACUCGCUCCGUUGUUUGCCAACGUUGUGGUGACAACCAUGACAGUACUGAUUGCCAGCAAACACUCAAAUGUGUAAACUGUGAUGGAAAACAUAUGGCAUCCUCUAAACUCUGCCCUGUAUGGCAAAAUGAAUCAAAAAUACUGAAAAUAAAAUGUGAAAAAAACGUCACCUUUGGAGAGGCUAGACAACUCUUUCAAUCUCAGUCACCACAUCAAUCAACCCUUAACUACUCUGCUGCUAUCUCUAAGCCAGUUCAAUCUUCUUCUGUCUCGUGUCAGACGGAAUUGACUUGGGUCAAAUCUGAUCGACCCGUGGCAACUACAACUGAUAUCGAGCUUGACAAAUCUCAUGCUCCUACAUUAGCACCACCUACAACGUCUACGGCAGAGAGUCAGACUCCUCCUGACUUAGUACUUGAACGACCUGCAACUGAAUCUGUCCAUCGGAAAAAAAAUGAAAAGAAAAAGUCACAAAGAAAUAAAUCAUCCAGGAAUCUCGACCUUUCAGAGGUGCCUAUCCACAACUCUUACAGUGCUCUGGAUAUGGAAGUAACUCCAUCCUCACAGCAUACUGAUGGGAGUUCUCAACCCUCACGUUCACGUGAGAGGUCGCCUAUUGAACCACCAUGA